AAAUAUUGUAAAAUCAAUCAGCUGAUUUUUAUAUUAACAUUUUAAUCUUGUUUUUUUGAUAUGAUUUAAAGAAGUGUUUUACUAUUUACAAUAUAAUUUUUCUAAAAUGAGAUUGUUACGAGCUCUUGCCAAAAUGUCUGAAGUAAACAUAUCAUCCUUGCGGUUGAAAUAUAUGGAAAAGAAAGAAGUUCUUCUAGAAAGUAGUAUUAAGGUCAAGGAACCAAUAACCAUUUUUAAAGAAUGGUUAAAUUUGGCAUUGCAAACAGAAGAAAUUUUAGAGCCGAAUGCAGCUUGUUUAGCUACAGUUGAUAAAAAUGGUAAACCAUCAAAUAGGUUCGUUCUUUUAAAAGAUGUGACUGAAAAUGGUUUUACUUUUUUUACAAAUUAUGAAAGCCGAAAAGCUCAAGAUAUUGAAAAUAAUCCAAAUGUUGCAAUGACAUUGUAUUGGUGUCCUUUAAGAAAGUCAAUACGACUAGAAGGUGUGGCUGAAAAAAUCUCAAAAGAUAUGUCCCUAGAAUAUUGGAAACAAAGACCCCGUGCAAGUCGUAUUGGAGCUCUUGCUAGUCCUCAGAGUAAAGUAAUUCCAAGUCGUGAACAUUUAGAUUCAACCGAAAAAGAAAUUAAAGAUGGAUUAGGUGAUAAUUCGGAAGUACCUAUGCCCAAUUGGGGUGGUUAUUUGAUUCGUCCAAAUUUAAUUGAAUUUUGGCAAGGUCAAACAGAUCGGUUACACGAUCGUAUCCGUUUUCGUAGAUAUAAUGGAAUUGAUAAGGAAGUUGAUAAUAAAUUGAUUCAUUUAGGUGAAAAUGGUUGGGUAUAUGAAAGAUUGGCUCCAUAAAUUUAUAAGCAUUUGUAAGUGAAAACAUGAAAAAAUUUUACAAAGAAAAAUGUCUUCCAACAAAAAUGGGUUUAUUAUGAAGUAGGUAGGUGAACUAAAUAAAUUAUUACGAUUGUAAAAUGGCUAUUAUACAUUAUUAUAAGUAAUAAGUAUUUGAAUUAUUUUUUGUAUUUUUUUUUUUAAGAGAAUGGAAUUAAAAUUGAAGAUGUUGAAGUAUAUCCGCA